AGUUAAGAGCGUUAAAGCGGUUACAAGACAUUUAAAUUUUAUUUUAAAAAUAUUCAAAUCUCUAGAUUAAAUUACAGCAAUAAAACGUCAAUCAAAGCAAAUCUAAAAUGGCUCUGUCCAAGAUCGAUACGGAAAUCGAGCAAGUCGAUCAGGAGAAAUUCUUACGUCAAGCUACCAAUUAUUAUCAGGCUUUGGAGAAACCAUUGAAAUAUGGUCCAGUGGUAGAAACCUUACAGGAUUUGAUUUAUGCCUUGCACAAGGAAUUCGAAUCGAAUUAUGUCAAUAUCGAGAUGGUCAAUCAUUUGAUGCUCUCCUAUAAAUCAAAUCCCAAGGAAUGGAAAAAAUAUGCCAAAUUCGAUCGUUAUAAGUACACAAGGAAUUUGGUAGAUGCGGGUAAUGGCAAAUUUAAUCUCUUGAUUCUUUGCUGGGGUGAAGGACAUGGCUCAGCAGUUCAUGAUCAUGCCGAUUCCCAUUGCUUUAUGAAAAUGCUCAAGGGGGAUUUACGUGAAAGACGUUACGAAUACCCAAAUCGUCCUAACAACAACAAUAACAACAACAAGCAGUCUAGCGAAAAGACGUCACAUAAUGGACAUAUAGAUGAUAAAGAACUUCUUGAAAUCGGGGAAACACCAAUUGCUGUCAAUGAUGUGGCCUAUAUUAAUGAUAAUUUGGGUCUACAUCGUGUAGAGAAUCCCAGUCAUUCGGAUACAUCUGUCUCCCUGCAUCUAUAUUGCCCACCAUUCGAUACAUGCUCGGUAUUCCAGGAUAAUUGCAAAAAAAGCACAUCCACUGUCACUUUUUGGAGCAAAUAUGGUGUGCGAACAAAAUUGGAUGAUCAAUAGAGAGAUUAGAAAUAUAUUGUUAUAUAAUUUUAAGAGCAUCACUCCUCCCAUUCCCCACCCAUUCCCCUAAUUUAUGGUACAGUCUCAAUCUAGAGCUUUAAUUUUUAGCUAUACCAAAUAAUACAAUUUAUAAGUCAACAAAAAAAAAAAAAAUUAAGAAAA